AUGGAUUUCGAUAAAGAAUGGAUAGAAGCGAAAAAUACAGUCAUAUCAUUGCUAAAUCGAAAGAGCGUGAGCAAAGCGCAAUGGCAGGAACUUUUCGCCACUGUUCAUCGGAUCUGUUCAUGGAUUGAAGGUGGCUGUGAUAUGGUUCAAAGAGAGUUACAGUUAGAAGUUCACAAUUACAUUCUUUCCGCUGAAAAACUCAUUAUGCAACAAGAAGAGGAAAGCGCGGUUCUAAGAGUUUACAUUUUGGAGUGGAAUAAAUUUUAUUCACAAACGGAAUAUCUCCCAAAACCUUUCAUUUAUAUUACAGAACAAAAAAAUUUAAUGAUGAAAACAAAAAAAGGUUAUGUCAAACAAGCUAGCACUUUGAUUUCUUCGAUAAUGUUGAAUGAUUGGAGUGAAACAAUUUUCGCUGCAAUAAAGGACAAGUUGCAAAAUGCUGCUAUGUGUUUAAUUGAAUCUGAACGCAAUGGUGAGGCAUUCGAUCCCCAGCUAGUUAUUGGGGUUCGACAGUCAUAUGUAUCACUAAAUGUAAAUGAUAAGGACAGUUUAGCAGUGUAUAGAGAUAAUUUUGAACGAGCUUACAUCGAUGAUACCGAACGAUUUUACAGAUCGUAUGCUCCUCAGGUUCUGUCUUCGGAAGGUGUACAAAACUAUAUGAUCUAUGCUGACACAAAAUUAAAUGAGGAACAAAUACGAGCUAGCCGUUAUUUGGAGAGUACAGCAGAUUCCAUAGAUAAAUUGGUGGAAAGAUGCGUUGAAGUCCUUGUUUAUCAAUUUCAAGAACAGAUUUUAGCUGAAUGUCCAGCAUUGAUCAGUGAAGGAAGAACUGAUAAGCUAAGAUUGUUGUAUCGGCUAAUCAAUCGUACAUCAAAUGGUAUUGAUAAUAUAUUAAAGUUCUUAAGUGCUUUUAUUAAAGCAGAAGCUUUAAAUGACAUGAGAGCAAAUUCAUCUACUAUAACUACAGAUCCGGAAAAGUAUGUAGAGCAACUAUUAUCGAUGUUUUUGAAAUUUAGCAUUCUUAUCAAGGAUGGUUUUUAUGAUGAUCCACGUUUUUUAACAAUGCGAGAUAAGGCUUUUCAAGAUGUUGUGAACGACACUUGUGUUUUUAAGAUGGAAAUUAUAAGUUCGAAAGGAAGAGGAACUAAUCGAAGUCAAGCUGAAUCUAGGUGUCCUGAACUGCUCGCCAAUUUCACUGACCUUUUGCUCAGGAAAACGAGUCUUUCAAAGCGUUUAACUUCCGAAGAAGUAGAUGCGAAGUUAAAUGAUGUGCUCUUGGUUCUGAAAUAUGUGCAAAAUAAGGAUAUAUUCAUGCGAUACUACAAAGGACACCUAACUCGAAGAUUGCUUCUUGAGACUAGUGUAGACCAGGAAAAAGAAGAACAAAUGAUUGCAAAGAUGAGAGAAGGUGGAAUGCCAGCUGAUUAUAUUAACAAGUUACUCCGUAUGUUGCAAGAUAUCGAAGUGAAUAAAGAUUUAAAUAAUUCCUUCAGAAAUUCAUUUACAUCAAACGGCAGAUAUCUUGCAGAUUCGAUUUCUAUCAAAGUUUUGAACGCUGGUGCGUGGUCACGUGGCACUCUAGAUCGGACGCAGAUUCAGAUGCCUCGAGAAUUAGAAGAUUUUAUUUAUGAAGUUGAGGAUUUUUAUCGUAAACAGCACUCAGGACGAAAAUUGCAGUGGCACCAUCAUUGGUCACACGGCACGCUGAUUUUUACAAAUGCAAUGGGAAAAUUUGAUUUGGAUGUCACAACUCUACAAUUAUCCGUAUUAUACUGUUGGAAUGAUCGUCCACAUGCAAAGCUUUCAUUUGAAUGUUUACAUACUGCCUCACAGCUUUCUGCUCCUGAACUUGCUAAGACUUUAUAUUCUUUAGUGGCAUUUCCCAAAAUACGACACCAAGUGCUGUGUACCAAUUCUUUGACCUUAAAUCCACGCGACUUUAAUGAUUCAACACUGUUUUGGAUAAAUCAACAGUUUGCUGUUGUAAAAAAUGGCAAAGAGCAAAAUCGUGGUCGGAUCAAUUUAAUUGGUCGUUUACCGCUAUCAUCAGAAACAAAUGUACAGUUGGAACAUGAUGAUAUUAUUGCUUUACGUGUGUUACGGGUACAGGAAGCUAUUGUUAAAGUUAUGAAAGUCCGAAAACGUUGUCAAAGUGCACAAUUGCAGACAGAAUUGAUUGAGUUAUUAAAAAAUAUGUUUUUGCCGUCGAAGAAGUUAAUAAAAGAACAGAUAGAGUGGCUGAUCGAGAAUAGAUUUAUUGAUCGAGAUCCAUAUGAUUUAAACUUUUUUCUGUAUGUUACGUAA